CAUAUUUCAAUUGAGUUUUUUUUGUGCUAUUUUCCUUUUAUUUAAAGUUGAAGUUCCAAAUUGAUCUGGGUGUGUGUGAAUGUUUGUUUAUUUUUUUUUAUUUGGGUUUGUUAUUGAUGUUGAAUUAUUUGGAAGUACCAAUAAUUUCAAUAGUCGUGUUUUCAAUUUUGGUUGAGUGAUUAUGCUUUUCAUGUUCUACUUUGAAUUGUAAAAAAUUGUUCAGAUUCAGAUUUUUGUUGUAUUUUCUCACAUGCAGUAAUUAAUUGGUCUUUUUCCCUGGUGUUCAUGGCUCGGCGAUUCACUGUAUAACAGUUUCAUUCACCUUCUUUCUUCUCCCUCUACUUGGGAUUCUUUCAUGAGAACAGACGAUGCAAAAACUAGGGUUCAGAUUCACCUAGAGCUUCGUGUUCGUGCUCUCCCGUUUGAUAAAACAUCUGUUUCUCUCUUCCUCCGAUCCGAUAAACCGCCGUCGUCAAUUCACACUGCUUCCGUAAUUCCGAAGUUCAAUCCAAAUUAUUUGCAAUUACAUGGUGAUGAUGUGUAUUUUACACUUGACAAUUGUUCGCAAGAUGGGGCUCAACAGCGUGAAGGUGUCUCUGGUACAAGCACUGUGUUAUCUAAGGUCCAAUCUAAGUCAAGUUUUGGUGUUGGAUCGAGAUAUAGCGAGUCAGAAUCUGAUACAAUGUCUCAGAGGUUGAAGCUUGAUGAUUUACCUGAAACAUGGUAUAACCAGUUCUUUGAAAAAUACAAAUCAAGUAAAUCAUAUAGGUUACAGUUUGGUGACAGUGAAACAGAAAAGCGAACACCAGAACAGAUGUUUUUUAUCGUAAAGUUGUUGAGAAUCAUAAGAGACGGCGUGCAGCUUUUAAAGUAG